CUGCGCCCUCGCCUCCGCCUUCCCGCCCGCGCCGGGCCGGGCGCCGCCUCCCCCCUGCCUCCCUCUCCGCUGCGGUCAUGUAGGAAAUUGUAAACCAUGUGAAGAUGGGACUCUUGGUAUUUGUGCGCAAUCUGCUGCUAGCCCUCUGCCUUUUUCUGGUACUGGGAUUUUUGUAUUACUCUGCGUGGAAGCUGCAUUUACUCCAGUGGGAGGACCCCAAUUCAGUGGUUCUUUCCUUUGACUCCGCUGGACAAACACUAGGCGCAGAGUAUGAUCGGUUGGGUUUCCUCCUGAAGCUGGACUCUAAACUGCCUGCCGAGUUAGCCACCAAAUACGCAAACUUUUCAGAGGGAGCUUGCAAGCCUGGCUAUGCUUCAGCCUUGAUGACUGCCAUCUUUCCUCGGUUCUCCAAGCCAGCACCCAUGUUCCUGGAUGACUCUUUCCGCAAGUGGGCUAGGAUUCGGGAAUUUGUGCCGCCUUUUGGGAUCAAAGGUCAAGACAAUCUGAUCAAAGCCAUCCUGUCAGUCACCAAAGAGUACCGCCUGACCCCUGCCUUGGACAGCCUCAGCUGUCGCCGCUGCAUCAUCGUGGGCAAUGGAGGUGUCCUUGCCAACAAGUCUCUGGGGUCACGCAUUGAUGACUAUGACAUUGUGGUCAGACUGAACUCAGCACCCGUGAAAGGCUUUGAAAAGGACGUGGGCAGCAAAACUACACUGCGCAUCACCUACCCUGAGGGCGCCAUGCAGCGGCCCGAACAAUACGAACGUGAUUCUCUCUUUGUCCUCGCUGGCUUCAAGUGGCAGGACUUCAAGUGGUUGAAGUACAUUGUCUACAAGGAGAGAGUGUGGGGACAGGAAAAGCUUCCCCGCGUGGCUCCCUGUCAGACUGCCCUCAGGAGCGAGCAAGACAGUACAUGUGGCGACGCUGGACACAGUGUGCUCCCCCUGCAGAGUGCGUCGGAUGGCUUCUGGAAAUCUGUGGCCACUCGAGUGCCCAAGGAGCCCCCUGAGAUUCGCAUCCUCAACCCAUAUUUCAUCCAGGAGGCCGCCUUCACCCUCAUCGGACUGCCCUUCAACAACGGCCUCAUGGGCCGCGGGAACAUCCCGACCCUUGGCAGUGUGGCAGUGACCAUGGCACUACACGGCUGUGAUGAGGUGGCGGUUGCAGGCUUUGGCUACGACAUGAGCACACCCAAUGCACCCCUGCACUACUAUGAGACCGUGCGCAUGGCGGCCAUCAAAGAGUCCUGGACGCACAAUAUCCAGCGAGAGAAAGAGUUUCUGCGGAAGCUGGUGAAAGCACGUGUCAUCACCGACCUAACCAGCGGCAUCUGAGGCGGGCCCAGCACAUGGCCACGGAGGUCCUGGCACCGCCAAGAGCAAGCAGCAGCCACCACCACCUGCCCACUUCAUUGGCCUUGGUCUGGCUCUGCCUGAAAGGCACAGGAGUCUUU